AAAGCCAAACUUAUAUACUCUAAGCAAACUCCUGACAAGAAAAUACAUCCGAAGAGGCGGGAUCCAGUAUGGACAAGAACAUGUUAGCAGGGCUCGAGGGUCUCCCUGAAGAAGAUAAGAACCGAAUGUCCGCCAUGAUCGACCAUCUUCAGCUUCGUGACAGUUUGAGGAUGUACAAUUCACUUGUGGAGAGAUGCUUCAAUGACUGCGUGGACAACUUCACCCGCAAGACUCUGCAGAAGCAAGAGGAGACCUGUGUCGCACGAUGUGCUGAGAAGUUCUUGAAGCACUCCAUGCGUGUAGGACUGAGGUUUGCUGAGCUCAACUCCCAGUCUGCAACACAAGAUUAGAAGCUAAUAAACAAGCUUGAGUGGGGCUUAAAAUGCUUCUGCUUUAUCACAUGGGAUUUUCUUUUCGGGACAAAUUGGGGUCUUCCUCAGAUGAAACACGAUAUGUUGCCGGGGUUGACAAUUGUUGUUAAUCAUAGGACUUGUUAAUGUUGAUUUUCUGAUAAGAAAUUUAACAGAUUUUAUUU